CCAUUUUAUAUACCCAGCAGUCAUAUAUAUAGGAAAACCAAUGUCUACCCACCCCCGGCUUCUUUCCUUCCUUCUCUUCUUCCUCCUCAUCCACCUCCUCUUUCUUGCAUCCCCUCCUCCUCCUCCUUCCCAUUACGCUGCUUUUGUCUCUGCUUUAGUCACCACUACUUCUCAAACAAACGCUUUGGUGGCAUGGAAGGCGAGUCUUGACAACCACAGCCAAUCUAUUUUGUCCUCUUGGGUUGGAACCGACCCUUGCAAUCGAUGGAUUGGAAUUAGGUGUCACAAGUCCAUAAGGAGCAUUGCAUAUGUAAACCUCACGGGCCUUGCUUUGAGAGGUACGCUCCAUAGUUUUAAUUUCUCGUCCUUCCAACACCUCCAAAAGCUUGAUCUUAGUGACAACUCCCUCUUCGAAAACAUUCCCUCCAAUCUAGAAAUGCUUAAGUCUCUCAAUGUCCUAGAUUUGUCAGUUAACAAGCUCACAGGGCCAAUCCCAACUACUAUAGGAGACUUGGGCAACUUGACCACCCUGUACCUUCAUCGUAACAUGCUUUCUGGAUCUAUUCCUCGAGAGAUAGGAAUGCUUAAGUCUCUCAAUGACCUUGAAUUGUCAGGUAACAACCUCACAGGGCUAAUCCCAACUACUAUAGGAGACUUGCGCAACUUGACCACCCUAUACCUUUAUCACAACAUGCUUUCUGGAUCUAUUCCUCGAGAGAUAGGAAUGCUUAAGUCUCUCAAUUACCUUGCAUUGUUAAGUAACAACCUCACAGGGCCAAUCCCAACUACUAUAGGAGACUUGCGCAACUUGACCACCCUGUACCUUUAUGACAACAUGCUUUCUGGAUCUAUUCCUCGAGAGAUAGGAAUGCUUAAGUCUCUCAAUGACCUUGAAUUGUCAGGUAACAACCUCACAGGGCCAAUCCCAACUACUAUAGGAGACUUGCGCAACUUGACCACCCUGUACCUUUAUGACAACAUGCUUUCUGGAUCUAUUCCUCGAGAGAUAGGAAUGCUUAAGUCUCUCAAUGAACAUGCUUUGUCAGGUAACAACCUCAUAGGGCCAAUCCCAACCACUAUAGGAGACUUGGGCAACUUGACCAGCCUGAACAUUUUUGACAACAACCUCACGGGGACCAUUCCAACUGCAAUAGGAAAUUUUACUAAGCUCACCUCCCUAUCAUUGUAUAAUAAUCUAUUAUCAGGCCUACUCCCUCCAGAAAUAGGGAAAUUGAAGUCUCUUCGAGAGUUACGCUUGUUUUCAAACAAAUUUUAUGGCUCCAUUCCUCAAGAGAUGAAUAAUCUUACACAUUUGAGGUUGCUGGCUUUAUUUGAUAACAAAUUUAUCGGCCAUUUUCCAGACAAUACAUGCCUUGGUGGUUUGCUUGAGAAUUUUACUAUACAAGAUAACCAUUUCAUAGGUUCCAUUGCAAAAAUCUUAAGGAACUGUACUACCCUAGUUAGGGUUAGGCUAGAAAGGAAUCAGUUCACUGGAAACAUAUCAGAAUAUUUUGGCAUAUACCCAAAUUUAAAUUAUAUUGAUUUGAGCAACAAUAAAUUCUAUGGCGAGCUUUCUUAUAAGUGGGGGCAAUGUUAUAAAAUGACGGCCCUAAAACUCUCCAACAAUAAAAUCUCAGGUGAGAUUCCUCUUGAACUUGGCGAAGCUACAAAACUACAAGUGCUUGAUCUCUCCUCAAAUAACCUUGUUGGGAAGAUCCCAAAGGAACUUGGGAGAUUGACAUCAAUGUCAGACCUUUUGCUAGACAACAACAAGCUUUCAGGCACUAUUCCAUUAGAAAUUCUAAUGCUUUCAAGUCUAGAACGUCUUAGCAUGGCAUCAAAUAAUCUAAGUGGCUUAGUUCCCAAAGAUAUAGGGGAAUCUUUAAGAUUGUGGAUGUUGAAUAUGUCUAAUAACAAAUUUGAAGGAACUCUGCCAUUUCAAAUUGGCAAGUUAAAAUUUCUGCAAUUUCUCGAUCUAAGCAUGAAUUUGUUGGUUGGAGAGAUACCACAACAGGUUGGCGAAUUGAAUAUGUUGGAAACAUUGAAUCUCUCCCACAAUGGAUUCUUGGGUUCAAUUCCAUCGACCUUUGAUGAUCUCAUUGCUUUGACAUCUAUCGACGUAUCCUACAAUAAGCACUUAGAGGGCCCUAUUCCUACGGCCAAGCCCUUUCAAAUUGCUCAAAUUGAUUCAUAUAGAAACACAAGCUUAUGUGGCAAUGUCCUAGGUUUGGAGGCUUGUCCCUCUACGAUGAGCCACAUUUCUCAUGAAAAAAAGGGAAACAAAAUAAUGAUCUUGACUAUAGUCUCCAUAAUGGCAAUAGUAUUUUCCAUACUCAUUAUAGUUGGGGUUUUUUUUCUCCUUGGUUCCAGAGAAAAGAAAAUGGAUAACCAACCAAGGGAAUUGCAAAAUGAAAAUAUUUUUGCAGCCUGGAGGUAUGAUGGGGUGAUGGUUUACGAACAAAUAGUCGAAGCGACAGAGGGAUUUAAUUCUAAGUAUUGCAUCGGAGUAGGAGGAUAUGGAGUUGUUUACAAAGCGAAGUUGCCUAGCACUGGCCAAGUUGUUGCCGUGAAGAAACUUCAUCCUUUACAAGAUGACGAGCCCAUGGACAAUUCAAAAGCUUUCAAAAAUGAGGUUCGAGCAUUGACGAAAAUAUGCCAUCGAAACAUUGUGAAGCUUUAUGGGUUUUGCUCACAUGUAGAGCAAUCCCUUCUUGUUUACCAGUUUAUAGAUAGAGGAAGCUUGGGGAAGAUGCUAAGCCAUGGUAAUCGAGAACAAGCAAUGGAGUUGGACUGGAGUAGGAGGGUAAAUGUGGUGAGAGGAAUUGCAAAUGCUUUGUCCUACAUGCACCAUGAUUGUUCACCCCCCAUAAUUCAUCGGGACAUAUCUAGUAACAAUGUUUUGUUGGAUUUGGAGUACGAAGCUCAUGUGUCUGAUUUUGGAACUGCAAGGCUUUUAAAGCCUAAUUCCUCCAAUUGGAGUUCAUUGGCUGGGACGAUUGGAUACACAGCUCCAGAACUUUCCUAUACGAUGAAAGUGACGGAAAAGUGUGAUGUUUAUAGCUUUGGAGUAGUGUCAAUGGAAGUAAUUAUGGGAAGGCAUCCAGAUAUUGUAGCUCAACGUACUUGACCAAUGGUGAUAUCAAGCAACAAGGAUGACUUGAAGGAUUUUUUUGUGAAGCUUGCUUACACAGCGGAAGCGACAAGGGAGUGUGAUGUUUGUAGCUUUGGAGUCAUAUCAGUGGAAGCAACUAUGGGAAUGAACUUGGGCAAUCUCAUCUCAUCCCUAUUCUUGUCGUCGGCUCAUCAUAUACUGCUGAAGGAUAUGGUAAAAUAACACCUAUCACUGCCUAUGAGCGAGAUUGAAGAUAAAGUGGCUCUAUUGUGAAGCUAGCAUUUGCAUGCUUUCGCCCUACUCCUCAAUUUCAACCAAAAUGUGACAAGUUUCCCAAAAAUUAACAAUUGGAAGGCCAUCAUUGUGCAUUUCAUUCUCCAUAGUUUCAUGGGUGAUUGCUUAGAUGCAAGUACCGAACUGGGUGAACUUUCACAGACAUAUUUGUUUCUUUUCUUAUUUCCAUUGUUUUUAGUUCUUUAUUUGCAUUGCGAAGGCUAUUUUAAAUGUUGGAUUGUUUGCUUGAUCUUUUUUUAUUGGCUAUGUCCAUGGAUGGUUAUUAUGUACUUGCUAUUAGAUAAAAUUUUGGUUUGUAAUAAUCAUUAUGCUUAAAUAAGAAGUUAUGAAUACUCGCAUGGCAA